AAGCAGAGCAUCAGCGUUCAUUAUGCCCAGAGUCAAGCGCCAGCCUGCAGUUGUCAACAAUGUACAAAAUAAUUCAUUUAAGAAAAUUCAUGGACUUCAGAGCAUUGCCCCUUUGGUGCAAAGUGUAGAGGAAACUCCAGAGCCCAUUCCUACCACCAUUAAAGGCAACAUUCCCACAUGGAUCCGUGGAAAUUUACUCCGCAACGGCCCUGGAAAGUUUGAGUUCGGAAACCAACAAUUUAACCACUGGUUUGAUGGGAUGGCCAUGCUGCACAGCUUUCAGAUCGCUGAUGGUCAGGUGGCAUACAGGAGUCGUUUCCUGCGCAGCGACUCCUUCAAUCAGAACAAUGAAAUGAAUCGCAUCGUGAUUUCUGAGUUUGGCACUCUUGCUCUUCCUGACCCCUGCAAAAAUGUCUUUCAGCGCUUCUUGUCUCGCUUUGAGAUGAUGAAGCCCACAGACAAUGCAAGCGUGAGCUUUGUGAAAUACAAAGGAGACUACUUUGUCAGCACAGAGACAAACUUUAUGCACAAAGUGGAUCCAGAAACUCUGGAAACAAAUGGAAAGGUGGACUGGAGCAAGUUUAUUGCAGUUAAUGGUGCGACUGCUCAUCCUCAUGUUGAUCCAGAUGGAACUGUUUAUAACAUGGGUAACUCAUAUGGCAGCAAAGGUGCCUUGUACAACAUUAUUACAGUGCCUCCAGAAAAAGAAAGCCCUGAUGACACACUGCAAGGGGCAAAAGUGCUGUGUUCCAUUACUCCUGGUGACAAAACCAGACCUUCCUACUACCACAGCUUUGCCAUGUCAGAGAACUUUGUGGUGUUCAUCGAGCAGCCAAUAAAGAUGGACCUGUUUAAGAUAGUGACGUGUAAGAUCAGAGGGAAAGGCAUAAGUGAGGGCAUUUACUGGGACCCAAACCAAGAGACUGUGUUCCAUGUCAUCAACAAGCACACUGGCAAGGUAAAUCAAGUAAAAUACUACGCCAUGGCUCUGUCCACCUUCCACCAAAUUAAUGCCUUUGAAGAGGAUGGCUUCCUCAUAUUGGACAUGUGCUGCUCGGAUAGUGGAGAGGCCAUUAACAUCUACCUUCUUCAGAACUUGCGCAAGAGUGGAGAAGGUCUGGAUGAGGUGUACAACAGCAUGGCCAGAUUACUUCCUCGCCGCUUUGUUUUGCCUCUAAACAUUACAGACAAAACUCCACUGGACACAAACCUCAUCACACGGCCCAACUGUUCUGCCACUGCAGUCGCCAACAGCAAGGACAGGGUGUUCUGCACAUUUGAGGAUUUGCAUGGUGAUGAUCUGCUGGAUUAUGGUGGGAUGGAUUUCCCCCACAUUCACUAUGAGAGGUUCAACACUAAACCCUAUCAUUACUUCUACGGUUGUGGUUUACGUCACCUGGUGGGAGACUCGCUGAUCAAGAUGGACCUGCAAGAUAAAAAACUCAAAGCAUGGUAUCAGCCAGGCUUCUUCCCAUCUGAGCCGGUGUUUGUGCCUUCACCCAGUGCAGAGGAAGAGGAUGAUGGAGUCAUCCUCUCCGUCGUCCUCACGCCCACUAAGGAUAAAGAAACAUUCCUCUUGGUUCUGGAUGCUAAGACCUUCAAAGAGUUGGGAAGAGCUGAAGUGCCUGUCAACAUUCCAUAUGGCUUCCAUGGUACCUUCAACUCCACUGCAUAGAGAUUUGUUUCUACAAAAAGCUUACCAUACAUACCAUACUCAUAUUUUACAUCCUUAUAUUAUGUUAACUUACUAAAUGAUAAUAUUUUGUUGACAGACUUAAAAUUGCUAUUUUGUUGUAAUAUUUGCCACAAUUAUUCACUAAUUUAGAUGCUUUUUAAUUCACUGCUUUGUCGUUUUUUUACUAUCUUUUAAUUCUAUACUUUGUUAUUGGUAAUUCAGUAUAUUUAAGCAAUCAUGUUUUUACAAAAUGAUGUUUGUUUUAUAUUACUCAAUCAAUCUGCAAAUGUUAACCUACCUGUCAAACAUGCUGUCUUUACAGUAGCUAUUUUAAA